AUGAAAAUAGAAGUUCAUAUAAAAGAUAAAUAAUUUGCAAUAAAUUGUGGAGAUGGGUUACAGAAAGUGAAAUGGUUGGGAGAUGUAGCAAUAUUUCGACAUAGUCAUUUCUAUUCAUAAAUAAACUCAACAACCAAAGGAAUAAAAUUAGAAAAUGGAGAAAUGGUUGAUUUGAAUGCUAUAAUAAGUAGUACUUUAGCAGAGAAUACUCAUGUUUGGGUUGUAUUAAAAGGUAUUAGUAUAAAUUUAAAAAUUUUAGAGGACUUAGAAGCUAUGGGAGUUGAUAUGAAAUAGUAACAAUAAUAGCAUAAGAGACCAAUAACUGCUUUAAGUAGAAAAAAAUGAAC